AAUUAAUUUAACCUAGUGGGCGAGAGAGCAAUUCUGUAUAUAAAAAUAGGCCACCUCCACCACCCUCGAUGGAUGUUCUCACGAAAAAAUCCACCCCAACAUGGAUGACAACAACAACAACAACUCCGACCACUGCCUGAUCUCCUGUCGCCUCGCCACCGCCACCGCCACCGCCACCGCGGCGCUGGGGCUGCUGGUCGCCGUGUUGAUAUGGGGAGUGCUGCGAAGCCGGCGCCGAAGCGGCGGGACCAAGAGAAGGUAUCCGCCGGCAGUCGGCACGAUGUUCCACCAGCUUUAUCACGUGCGCCGACUUCACGACUACCACACGCGGCUGUCCCGCCGGCACAGGACGUUCCGGCUGCUCGCGCCCGCCCGCAACCAGAUCUACACCUCCGACCCCGCCGUCGUCGAGCACAUCCUCAAGACCAACUUCGACAACUACGGCAAGGGAUCGUAUAACUACAUAAAUUCGAAAGAAUUAUUUGGAGACGGUAUUUUUGCCGUGGAUGGUGAUAAGUGGCGCCAACAAAGAAAGCUUGCGAGUUUUGAGUUCUCAACAAAAGUCUUAAGAGACUUCAGUGGUGUUAUCUUCAAGAAAAAUGCAGCUAAGCUUGCUCACAUAAUCUCGCAAAAGGCGGAAACAAACCAAUCAAUGGAAAUUCAAGACUUGUUCAUGAAAUCGACGAUGGACUCUAUAUUUAGCAUUGGCUUUGGAUUGGAGUUGGAUUGCCUAAAUGGUUCUAACUACGAGGGUAGCAAUUUCGCAAAGGCGUUCGAUGAUUCCAGUGAGUUCAUUUUGCUGCGCUACGUUAAUCCCUUUUGGAAGAUGAUGAGGUUCUUCAACUUGGGCUCUGAGGCAACACUGAAGGGAAGGAUUAAAGUGGUCGAUGACUUCGUGUACAAGCUGAUUCACAUGAGGGUUGACGAAAUUUUGAAUACGACAAAAGAUUCGGAAAAAAAGGCAGAUAUUCUAUCAAGAUUUGUGCAGGAGAGUCGAAAGGGUUCCGAAGCCUUAGAUUACCGAUAUUUACGAGAUAUAAUACUGAAUUUUGUUAUUGCUGGUAAAGAUACUACAGCAGGUUCAUUAUCUUGGUUCUUUUAUAUGAUCUGCAAGCACCCAGAAAUCCAAGAAAAGAUUUAUGAGGAAGUGAAGGGAGCUACUACUAAAACAAAAGACGAUGCGACAGUCGAAGAGUUUUUGACAAGCAUUGAUGAUGAAGCUCUUAACAAGAUGCAUUAUCUCCAUGCCACCUUGAGUGAGACCCUAAGAUUAUACCCUUCUGUUCCUUUAGAUAAUAAGGUUUGUUUUUCGGAUGAUGUUUUACCCAAUGGUUACAAUGUAAGAAAAGGCGACAUCGUGUUCUACCAACCUUAUGCGAUGGGCCGAAUGGAAUAUUUAUGGGGUAAAGAUGCUGAAAUUUUUCGUCCGGAGAGGUGGCUCGACGAAAGUGGAGUUUUUCAGCCUGAAAGCCCUUUCAAGUUUACAGCAUUUCAGGCUGGUCCUAGAAUAUGCCUUGGAAAGGAUUUUGCUUACAGACAAAUGAAGAUAUUCGCGGCGGUGCUUCUCCGCUUUUUCUUGUUCAAACUCGCCGAUGAGAAAGCGGUUGCGAAUUACAAAACCAUGAUAACUCUUCACAUUGAGCAGGGGCUCAAUCUCCGUGCCUUCGCGAGAUAAUCUGGUUAAUGUUGGUUGUGUUGUAACUUGCAAGGAUUUUAUGCAAGAUCAAUAAAUGUCACCUUCCAUAUGUAUGUGUGUGUGAAGAUUACAAGGUACUUAUAACUUGUUUAACUAGAAUGAUAUGUAUAUUUCCGUCAGAACCAUCAUAUUUGAAGCUAGAAAUGCGAGAUGUAUAUCGAUGUAUCCACAAAAUAGAAGUUGUAAUGUAGCCUUUCAUUAAAACA